AGCAGUGAUGACACUGAUGAUGACAUUGGUGCAGCGAUAAAUAAAAAGAAAAAGGCGACGUCCACCAGUCGCCGCCAGACGAUGGCAAAUCCAAUGCCUCCACCAGCAGUAGCACCACCUCCAGUGGCAUCGAGUGUCUCCAGGAGUCCCUCGAAACGUCGUGCAGGCUCGAGAAACUCAGAGACCAAGGAGACAUCUGACUACGAGGAUGCAACAGUCAAUUCAACGAGUCGCACAGUGAAGACCGUCCAGAAGAAGACGAAAUCCUUCAAGCUAUCCACCGUCAACGAUGGCUUGGAGACUGGCUCUGACUCAGACAUCCCCGAGGAUUCAGAUAAACGUUUUCCAACCAAGUUUGGAGUUGAAGCCCCCAAGCCAUCAUACGACUCACGUAAGGAUAGAAAUUCCGCUGACGUCGAGACAACUGUCAAGACUUACGAGAGCAGAACCAGGGGCUCGAAUCUUCUCAGGGAAGAUAAGUAUACAGUGCCACCUUUCAAGCCAAACAUCUCGCCGAUUGCACCUAUUAAGGAUGAUUCCUCCUACAAGAGGGAGGAUCUCAAUGUCAAUGACAUCUUGGCCACCUACGAGAGCCCUUAUCUUUCUGAAUUCACCAGGAGAUUGAGCACUCAGACCGGCAGCAGUGCACCAUCUCGAUCUAAUUUUAAGAGCUCUAUGCUACGUCAUACAACUCAUUUACGUCCCGAAAAUAAAGAGAGCGAUACCAAUGGGCAUUUCUCGUCUCUGCGAUCAUCUUACAAUGCAACAAACUCCAGAUAUGUUUCCUCGUCGAACGACAGAUCUCGGGACGUUGUGACCAGAGCGUACAAAGCGCCGGCAACAAAACAGGAAGAGGGCAGAAAUAAUCAGAACGUGGUGUCGAUGGUAUUAGUCAUAGGAUUGGCCCUUUUCUUCGGUGUUUUGGCUAUUGUUUACCUCGGUCUAGGUGGAAAAACUGAGAGUGUACCUUCUCUGCCUAUGGGUAGGUAUUCAGACUAAGUUAUUAACACGUUUAUGUAUACAGUUCGAUCAUUUAUACAAUUGUCUUUUUUUGAGGUGUGGGUAGACGAAAUAACUAGGGUUAUGAUACAAUUAUGAUAAUACUAAUCUUUAAUCAGUGCCGAUAUACAAAGUCUGGACAAUGUUCGUUACUUAUUGUCUGUCAUCUUUUUGUAGUGUUUUUUUUUUCGAGGUCUUGAUAUUUAUUUAUGUGGAAUCUAUAGAAAUGAUUUGUGGAAAAUUCAAGAAAUUUUACAGAAAAAAAAUACACGAAUUCGAGUUUAAAUUGAACGAUGAGAUUUUCGUUAUACAAUUAAUUUCUAGACUUUGUAUACCACUAACUCUUAUUUUCUGUAGAAGAAAUUAUAUA